GAGCACAGCAUCAUUAUGGCACCACUACCAUCGGAGACCGCCCUGUGUAACUUUGAAGCAUUUCGGACAUAUACUCAAACUCUCUGAUAAAGGUCAACACAGCCCUGACCUCACACAUGAUAAUAGUCAAUAGAGGGUGCCUCAAUCUGUUGUUAUUGUGUGAGGUCUCGAUUGUUGCUGUCAGCCACAUGCAUCACUUGCCAGCGGGCUGGCUCGUAACCCCACUUUCUGCCUGAAAAUCUAGGUCGACAUUCUGCUUGCGGAGCCCAGACUUCGGAACAUUCCUCUCGCGGCUGACCUAUUAAUCAUCUGACCGUUGGCCAACUUUAAUUAACCGAACCCCGAGCUCUCGACUUCUUCACCUCCACCAGCCCUUUUGCUCCAACAACCAACGACGACGGGUGCAACACAUCGCCAAAACCUUUUGCAGAUCGACCAUCGCAACAGUCGCUUUCCUCGCGAAUAUCCUCCUCUCGCAUCUGGAAGAAUUUUGUUGCGUCUUUGAUCAUCACGCGGGAUUGGCGCAACGGUGAAACAAGGACAAAGCAGCGGCGACAUCGAAAAGGGCGGCGCGUCAGAGGAACGAACGUCCAUCUAACCGAUCCAUCACAGGAAUCCAUCGCCAUCACAUUCCAUCGCGCCAUCACCAGUCUGCUUGCAGGAGCAUCUCCUUUGCUUGCUAGCGUUGAGUGGGGUCUGUUUUUUUGCUUCUUUUCGUUUGGCUGACAGAGCGUUGGGGACAAGUGUUGGCAAGUGAUCAAGAAGGGGUGCUGUUUUUUAGGAGGGAGGAGUCGCACACGAAUCCAUCACUGCUUUUCAGCUCAAUUGAAUAGAGUGCUAUUUUCGCAGCGCUGGGUCUUUGUACUUUUCCUUUUUUUUUAUCGUCCAUUCAAGAGGCACUUUCUGUCUCCCCCGGAGAGCAUAUCAGAAUUGAUUCCCAUUCAACCUGUUGAGUUGAGGAAAGAAGAAGAACAAAAAGGCAAAACGUCGUCACCUGGUUUAGGGAAUCAAGAAUUCAAGUUCGCUUCGCUUUACCCAUUCCUAGUGUGCGAGCAGGUUUAGCAGAGAAGAGAGCGCCGACACGACUCUAAUUGACAGCUACAUUUUCGACCAUCAACCAGACCCAAGAUGGCGUCUUCAGUAUUCUUCAAGUUCAAGUCGCAAAAAGAGCCAACGCGAGUGGCCUUUGAUGGAACAGGCAUUUCUGUUUUCGAGCUCAAGCGCGAGAUCAUUCUUCGCGCUGGCCUCGGUGACGGCACAGAUUUUGACCUGGCCAUCUAUGCUGAUGAAAAUGGAAAAGAAGUCUAUGAUGAUGACACCUCCAUUAUUCCCCGGUCCACCACUGUCAUCGCCCGGCGCAUGCCCCCGAAGAAUCCCGGAAGAGGCGGCGCUGCUCGAUAUGUCUCUGGAAAGAUGCCCAUCCACGCGAAGAAUUCGUCACGCAGGGAGCAAACAGCAAAGCCAGCGGCCAAGACCCAGUCCAACACUCUAGCGCAACUAAGCAGCGCCAUGACAGAAGAGGAGAAGAUGGCUGCCGUCUUCCAGGCCCAAACCGAGCACUUCACCUCGAGAGAAGAGGAAAUGGCUACUCAACAGUAUGUCGCCAAGGGUGGCCCCAAAAAGCCCGCUAAUGUUCCCGACCACGACCCGCCCCAAGGCUAUAUCUGCUACCGAUGUGGUGAGAAAGGCCACUGGAUUCAGCUUUGCCCAACCAACGACAAUCCCGAUUUCGACAACCGCCCUCGCGUAAAGCGUACCACUGGCAUUCCCAAGUCAUUCCUCAAAACAGUCGACAAGGCAACUGCGCUUGGUCAGAAUGCUGAUGGAGAUGACUCCAAGACACCAUCAGGCAUCAUGGUCAAUGCUGAUGGAGAGUACGUGAUUGCAGAGCCUGACAAGGUGUCAUGGGAAAGGUUCCAGGCCAAGGCCAAGUCGAACAACGCGGCAUCAAAGGCAGCUAUGGAAGGGGAGAAGGAGGUCCAAGAGAGAGGCUUGGAAUGCUCCAUCGACAAGAAGAUGUUCAUAGAGCCAAUGAAGACUCCGUGUUGUAGUAAGACGUAUUGCAAUGACUGCAUCACCAACGCUCUCAUUGAGAGCGACUUCGUCUGCCCUGCCUGCAAUGCAGAGGGUGUCUUGAUUGAUGAUCUCAAGACAGAUGAGGAAGCAGUCGAGAAGCUCAAGCAAUUGCUUGCCGACAGGGAUAGUAAAGCCAAGGAGGGUUCCAAGAGCCCAAAAAGCCCCAGCGAAGCAUCAACCAAAUCCGUCCAGGCCACCGGUGUCGAACCAACAAACAUUAAGAAGUCUGUUUCUCCUUCGCCGGCCCCUGCUAACCCGGCCGCGCCACCACAGCAAACUGCCCAGCAGCAAACCACGACAUCCACCCCCUCGGUCCGAAGCGCCACCUCGACACCUGUCCACAGCGAGCCAAGCCAGCAAACAUCUAAGAAGCGGCCCGCUGAAGAUGCCCUCGAUAACCCCAAGAUCCCCAAGGCGCCCAAGGCCAUGCAGCCAACUCAACAGAAGCCACCAGUAAACCCCAUGAUGGGCGGCACCAACAUGAUGAACGGCAUGAACCCCAUGGCCGGCGGCAUGAUGCCCGGUAUGAACAUGCCCGGCAUGAGCCCGAUGAUGUUUCCCGGCAUGAACCCCAUGAGCCUGAACAUGAUGGGCGGCUUUGGGGGCAUGCCCGGCAGCUUUGGCGGACCAGGCGGCAUGCCCAACAUGAGCAUGAACGGGAUGAACAUGAUGAACCCGAUGAUGAACCCGAUGAUGAACCCGAUGAUGAACGGGUUCCAGGGAAUGCCUAACAAUAACAACAACAACAAUAACAACUUCAACCCACGGCACAACAACUGGGGUGGGCCGAGUGGUGGUGGGUUUCAGGGUCAUCAACAGCAACAACAACAACAGCAGCAGCAGCAGCAGCAUAACCAGCACCCGCCACAGCAGCAGCAGCAGAGACCACCGCAGCAAAUGAUGGGUAUGGGUAUGGGCAUGAACGGCGGCGGCAUGAUGAAGAACUUUUCCCACCAACCGGCUGAUGACGAGGACGCCUACUUCCGGAAGCCAGUCAACCCGCACCGCCACCAGAACCGCCAGAAAAGGGUCAGGCCGAGUGAUUACCGGGAGCUUUGAGCAGGCUGAGUUUUUUUUUUUUUUUUUUUUUUUUUUUUGGUAACGAUAAUGAUUUUCAUCAUGGGGGUGGUGAGGCCGGGCGGGGGAGUAUAUACAUCAUCACAAACAAGCGAACAUAAUGGUGUGUGUGAAACGUGGGAAGCUAUCUGGCUUUUGGAGCGGGGACCAGGUUUUCAAGAGGAGCAAGUUGCAUUACUCUUCUCAUUGGCGUUUUUCCUCUUUCUCUUUUCUCACUCUCUUGAUUCUUCUUGUAAUCUUCUAUCUCUGGGGCUGUGGUUUGAGGGGGAUGUUUUCGGGAUUGAGGUUGGUUGUGACAUGAAUAAUCACCACAAAACAACACCACAUGGAGCAAAUGUGGCUUGGUAUGGCGGGGUUGGGAAUUAUCCUUGCUUUUUUUCUUUCUUUUAUCCACAGCAACGUACAGCACACACACACAACAAAAUAAAACAAGCGGGAAACAGGAAAGCGGUGGGAUGUCCAAAACGAGCCGGGAUAGGGAAGGUUGGAAGGGGUUUUAUUCAACAAGGCAAAGGGACAUAGGAUGGAUGGGUGAAUUGGUAUGGAUGGAUGGGAUGCUGGAGUAGGGGCAAUGGGAAAGCGAAGGGAAAUUAGGAAAUAACCGGGAAAUUCGGAUUGAUAAACUGAGUUUUAUUUGUGUAUAUAUACCACACACUUGGCACACACACACACACACACACUUUCUCUCUUGCCUUUUGUUUCAUUCUUCUUGUUACUGGUUGGUGAUUGUUUUUUUCAAGUCUUGUGCUGACAUUCUGGGAAUACAAAAUUGAAUUUCUUUAAAAU